GUUUGUAUCCACAACUUCCUUACCAUCGCGACUGCCAAACGUGCUUGUCGUGCUUGUCUGUCGUUCUUGCUCCCUUGGCAUUCAUUCACCUACCCUUCUCACACUCUUUUGUUGACCUUCAACUGGUCGGCGGCGACCAAAUCGACCUUCCCCGGCGGACGGCAUUCCACUCCGCAACCACACACGCGCGCCUUCCAUCCCUGCGGACACGCACAGUCGCCACAAACCCGGCCAGCGUCACCAAGACACUACUGACAGCGACUGUCGAUCAUCUCACGGAUCAUCAUACCGCGAGUCGUAAUACAACAUAUUCCAUUCACAAUGCGAACUUUCGCAUUGGCAUCCGCUGCGGCGGCCAUAGUCGGCAGCGCAGCUGCAGCCGACCUUCCUUCGAUCGUGAUCAAGGGAUCAAAGUUCUUCUACGAGAACAAUGGCACGCAAUUCUUCAUGCGCGGUGUGGCUUACCAGCAGGACUAUUCGGGCGGUGGUAGCACCGGCGACACCUCCGACACCCAGACAUACAAAGAUCCUCUCGCCGACGCAGACGCUUGCAAGCGUGACAUUCCAUACCUGCAAGAGUUGUACACCAACACCAUCCGUGUCUACGCCAUCAACCCCGACUCGAACCACGAUGAGUGCAUGAGCAUGCUCGCCGAUGCGGGCAUUUACGUUGUCGCCGAUUUGUCUGCGCCAGUCGAUGGCUCCUCGAUCAACCGCAACAGCCCAGCAUGGAACGAUGCUCUCUACGAGCGAUACACAUCCGUCGUCGACGCCAUGGCGGGCUACAGCAAUGUCCUCGGCUUCUUCGCCGGUAACGAGGUUUCCAACCAGCCCAACAACACCGACGCAAGCGCGUUCGUCAAGGCUGCGGUCCGUGACACCAAGGCAUACAUCAAGUCGCAGAACUACCGCUCAAUCGGUGUGGGUUACGCGACCAACGACGAUGCAGACAUUCGCGAGGACAUGGAGAAGUACUUCAACUGCGGCGACCAGGAGGCCGCGAUUGAUUUCUGGGGUUACAACAUCUAUUCUUGGUGUGGUGAGUCUUCUUACUCCAAGUCUGGCUACGAUGUUCGCACCAAGGAGUUCUCGUCCUACUCGGUGCCCGUCUUCUUCGCCGAAUAUGGUUGCAAUGAAGUUCAGCCACGUCCAUUCACCGAGGUUGGCGCAUUGUACGGCGAGAAGAUGACUCCAGUCUGGUCUGGUGGUAUUGUAUACAUGUACUUCCAAGAGGCCAAUGACUACGGACUCGUCACCGUCGAUGGCGAUAGUGUGAAGACAAACGAGGACUUCGACAACCUGAAGAGCGAACUCGCCAAGAUUGACCCAUCUGGCGUGAACUCCGCCUCGUACUCGCCAACCAACUCCCCAGCAGCUUGCCCAACCGAGAGCAGUGAGUGGAAUGCGAAGUCUUCUCCUCUUCCACCAUCUCCAAACAAGGAGCUCUGCACUUGCAUGUACAACUCCUUGGGUUGUGUUGUCACCAGCCAGACUGACGUUGACGACUACGGUGACCUUUUCGGCACAGUCUGCGGCUACGGUGAUGACGUCUGCGCCGGCAUUACUGCCAAUGCUUCUACUGGUUCUUACGGCGCAUACAGCAUGUGCAACUCGACUGAGCAACUCGCUUUCGCCUUCAACCAGUACUACCUUUCUCAGAACAGUGCAGCGGACGCGUGUGACUUCAACGGCGCUGCUGUCACCAAAUCUGCCACAAAAGCUUCUGGCUCUUGCCAGACCCUCAUCUCUGAGGCUGGAACUGCCGGUACUGGCACCGUCACCUCGAGCCCUACCGCCAACUCCAACCAACAGGCUCAACAGUCCGGAAAGGGAUCAUCCUCAUCCAGCGGUGCAGCUUCGCCUCUUGGUGUGCCAACUGCUGGCGCCAGCUUGCUCCCUGUGUUUGGUAUCAUGAUCUUGGGCAUGAUCUCCGGCGCUGGAAUGAUCUUGUUGUAAACGAGUCCAAAAUUUACGUAUUUGGGUAUACGGCACAAACAGGAUCGAUCCCACAGAGAAGCGGCUAUUUUGUCGCGGGGAGGAUUCUGCAUUCUUCUGUUGUGAUGGACGAUGAGUUUUUGGUUUAAGGGCACGGCGCUCUCUUUUGCUUGGGUGAUUGACUCCCUUUGGGUAAGGGUGGGUUCUCGACUGUAUAGUAAUCACCAAUGACAAAAACACUUUAAAACAUUCGACGUCUUGAUCUGACUCUCGUUGCACCUUUGGUUUGAUCCUUGGCGCCUGUCUGUACGCA